UGAUUAUCCUCCAUGUCACUUUGGCUCCUCCUCACUUCCUCUCCGUCUUGCAUACUGUGUCCUUGUCAGUCUAUUCCUCCCCCGCCAGUGUAUAAACUGGCUUGUCACCCCUCGGGAAUAUUCUGCAGGUGAAACCCGUCAUGCUAGACAGUGGUCAUGCACUGAGCUCCAUCAAUCUUUACUCCGCUCUUGUGAUACCGCAUUGACCAUCGAUACAUCGUAUACUCCUCCUACAUUAGUCAUAAGAGACAUAUCACCUGGCUUCUUUCUACUUGUUCGAGUCAUUGAGCGUUAUCCUUUAUACUCUUGAAUCUGAAGCCAGUUCCCGACAUAUCUUCCAAGUCAUCAUGUCUAUUCUUAACAUCUUAUGCGGUUGUGUGAGCCGCAGUUCCCCGCCAUUAUGUCAACCGACGGCACAGUCUCGUCAGCAAACACCUCAAAAUAGAGACAAUGGCACCACCACAUACAAUAAUCCCCCAGACAUAGAUGCAGAAGACAGCUACACCCCCGUCAUACCAUUACCAAGAUACACGCCGCGACCAGUGAGCAUCCAGGAGAAAACCCUAGAAGCUCACAUGCGGUAUCCCCCAAUCUCAUCCUGCGGCUACGACAACGACGGCUCGACGUAUUUCCAAGAUGAGAAAGACCGCCUCGCAUUUGAGUCGGCCUCCAACAGCAAUGAACAUCCCGAGGAUUUAUCCUCAGAUGUCUCCUCUGCUAUUUCUUUUCCCAGUAGUUAUGGGAACACCUCGACGGCUACGAGGGACACUCCACCCCCACCGUAUUCGUCACGCGGUGUCUCUCCAGUGCCGUCGAGAUCGAUGUCGGUCUCAUCGUCGGGGUAUCCGCUGCCGCCGCAGCAGGUGGCUAUGAUGCACAUUGCGCAGCCGCGGCCUGUGUUUCACCGGCCAGACAAUUUGGUCCGGAAUGUGUUGGCCCGGAGGAGCUUUGAUGAGCAGAAUGGGUCUGGGAGACCGAGGAGGUUCUCCUGGGAGACUCAAUAAUUGUCUUGAACGGUUUCUUCUUUUACGGACUUUAAUGAGUGCAUGGAUUAAUUAGUUUAUCGCUUGUCAUACCUCCUCCACCACCACCACUUACCCUACCUCUUCCUUCUACCUACCUUUUCUAUUAUUAUUAUUCUUUUUUCGGCACUACUUUUUGGACGCUGCAUAUUUGCUACGAGUAAUGAUUGGGCCCGAGAAGACUUGCUAUUUGCUGCA